AUGUCUGUUUAUGGGGCUGAUGACUUUUGGGUUGUUUGGAGACAACGCGCAUUAAGUCGAUGUUUGCAACUUAAACAAAGUAAAGAACAAUGUGAGAUUGUUGGAGAUAGUAUUGAAGAGCAAAUGAUGGAAACAAUCUAUCCGUUAUAUUCAAAGCUUGAUAAAACAAAUGAUGAAAUAGUAGCUACAUCUCUAAAAAUUCCAUAUGUAUUGAUUGGGCAACGAGUUGUUGAUAAGUACUUGAAUUUACUAAUUAAUGAAAAGAUUAAAUCAGAAGAUGAAAUAACAAAACAAAUGUUUUGGGAAACAACCACCUUUAUUAUGGAUUGUAUUUAUGGGAAAGAAGGUCCUGUCUGGAAGAAAAUUAAAGAAGAUGCUUUCUGGGAUAGAAAAGAAAGUAAAGAAUACUUAAAAUCAAUUGGAAUUGAUUUGAGUAAAAUUACAAUUGAUGAGUCUAUUGAAAAAGAAGAAAAUGAAAAAGAAAUAGAAAAGAGGAAAAAUGAAAUGAAAGAAGAAGAUGAUUGGGGUGAAUAUGAUCAAUUUAAAGAAGAAGUGUAA